AUGGCGGCGGCGCGUCGGGGCGGCGCGUCCGGGCAGGCGGCGGCGGCGGCGGCCCGGCGCUGCGGCCCGGGGCCGAGCGCGAGGCGGAGGCGGAGGCCAGGGCGGAGCCGGGGACUCGCGGGCGGCACGGGGGGGCGGGACUGGAGGAGGCGACGGCGGGGGGCGGCGGGGGCUCGGGCCGCGGCGACCAGGCCGGCGGAGACGCCGAGCCCCCAGAGCCGCAGCGCCCGCGGGAGCCGCAUGGUCAGGCCCGGCGCCCGGCAGCGGCGGAAGGGGCCGGGCGAUCCGCCCGGUGGUACCCGGAUUGGGGCGAGCGACGCCGGCCCCGCUCGGGGAGGGCGGAGAGGCCGCCGCGACCGGCGCCCGCGGAGAUCUGGGGGCGCCUCUGUGCCUCGCGGCGCUGCGUCCCCGUCUGCGCUCCCGAGCCGGCGGCCUCUUGCGGCCUUUGGCAGCCCUCGGUUAUUUCCCGUGGCGCGGCCUUUCCCGCCCCAAGCUUUGGGAUUAGGGACAACGUACAGUGCCAAGAUGACUGUAUGGGAAAGAUUCCGGUUAAGCUGCAACAACACUCCUGUGCCAGCACCCCCUCUGACCACCCCUCGGGGCCUACUACUGAAUUGACUCAUUCAUGCAGCCAACUCCAUUCCACAUGAAGCCAGGUGCCACGUAAAGAAGUCCAGCCUAUCCUGCUAAGAGGCCACUUGGACAGAGAGAGCUGUAAAAAAGAGAACUUAUGUGGAGGAGAAAUUAUGCUCCUCAGAUGACAGGCAGCACCAACUGCCAGACGCGUGAGUGAAGCCAUCCUGGAUCCUUCAUCCACAGUGGAGCCUCCCAGUUGACACCACACAGAGCAGAGGCGAACCAUCUUGUCAAGCCCUGCUUCAGUGCCGGGAGAAUCACAGCAACAAAAUGGUCGUCGUUAAUUUGGGGGGUUAGGCAGCCACAGGAAAACUGAAACAGCUCCAAAGACUGGCCAGGUGAUACAGUGACUCUACUGACAUUUUUGUGGUGGCUUUAUUGCUUAUGGCAGUGCAACUGGGAAUACAUGCAUUUCUGAGAUUGCCUCCAUCAGACAGAACAUGAGAGCACAUCGUCAGGUCUUCUUGCCAGUGGACCAUGGAAAGGAAGGGCAGGUUCUCAGCUCAGAGCCAGUCCAGUACUUCCACCUGGUUGGGCUUGGCACCCAGGGGCACAAAGAUAAAAGAAUGAAUCACCAGGACUGUGGGAUCAAGUUUUCUUGGGGCAUGCCUCCGUGAAUGAGUUGGUAAGGAAGGGCUUAAGGAGGUCCUGGGUAAAUUUCUAGUUAUAUUGCGAGAAUGGCCGUGCUUAUGGACGAUGCCUAAGAUUGAGGCUGUGUGCUAAAUUUGGACGUGGUGAUUCUCAGGUCUGGAACCUAGAUUCCUGUUCCUGUUCCGUGUCAGUCCCUUGCCUGUUACUCUAGUCUGUCUAAUGGGAAGACCCGGCCUUGCUUUUCUCAGUCUGUUUUCCUGGGGAUUAAUAUUCUGGCUUGAACCACAGCCUGCUGGUCCUGCUGUGUGCUGCCAAUGUUCCAGCCGGCCUACAUCUCUGAAUAUCACCUGUUCAGGAUUUCAGCCUGCUUGUCUGUCCAAACUCCUCUUCUCUUCCCAUUAAGACCUCCCUGCUUGCCUGGAAUACCACCUGUUGUUUGUUGACAUCUGUAUUGUACCAGGUUCCAUCUGUUUUCUUCACUUCCUUAUAGCUCCUGGAAUUUGAUUUUUCUGCUUCAGUUCCUUCCAGGUCAUCACAGAAUCUGCUCCAUUCCAUUGAAAUGUUGUAAGGCUGUAUCCACGACACAAUGUCUAAUUCUUCCACACGAUAGCCUUUAGAUAUUUGAUAACAACCUUCCCAUGACCUUUGAUCAUCUCUUUAGCCUAAAACUUGGAGGCUCCCACAUUAUCAAGGCUACCCAUCUAUGGAUAUAAUUUAGCUUCUCAAUAUCCCACUUAAAAGGUAGCUUACUGAAGUGAUUCACAUGCUUCAACAGAGAACGUAGGGAUAUCAUUUCCUCUGACAAGGGCAUUAUAUUUUAUCUGCCAUGACUUUAUUUAUGUUAUUAUUUUGCGUUAGCAUUUUAGAGGGUUUCAUCAGGUCUAGAUCAAGGUUUUAUGGGCUCUAGAGCUUAUGUAAUUUUAGUGACUCUCUUUAAUAAAAAAAUUUUACAAACAUACAGUUAGUUUAAAGGUGUGUAGAAAUGAGGGAUCCUGAAACUUAGGUUUUGUUAGUUUUGUUGUAAAUCUGCCUCCAAGUUCCUAAUAGUAUCGUCUCAUAAAAUUCCUGGGUCUUUUAAUCAGAGCUGCUAAUCAGGUUUCCUUUUCAUAUUAGUGCGACUUAUUAAGUUAACUUGAGUACUUAGCAUAUAGAGGAUUCAGUAAGUUCACAUACAUAAGGGACUUAGAACAAUGCCUUGUACAUAAAACACACAAUAGAUGUUAGCUAUUAUUAUGUUUAUUGCUUACUAGCAGGACCUGAGCAAAUAGUUUGUCUUCCUGACUCAAUUUUCUCUUUGCUGUAUUGGAAAUAAUACUUGCCCUAUCCUUUUUAUAAAGUAUUGUGAGGAUCAAACGACAAAAUAUGUGAACGGGCUUUGUUAACUAAAAAGCACCAUGCACACGGAGGUAUUGUAACUGAAGUUUCAUUCGACAUUGCUAAGGUUAUGUUUAGAAAAGACUUUGGCUGAGGGAGAGUCACUACAGCCCUCAAUAGAAGAGGGAGGAAGCAAAGAACAAGAAGUGCAUGUGUGGCAGAUGCUGGAGGACAUCCUUUUUUGAUAUGCCAACGUCAAGAAAAGGUGAAAUAUGUAGAAGCUGACAGAAAGUGGUGUAAUUAUAUAAAAGAAAAGAACUGAGAGGUAUCGUGUGUGUGUGUGUGUGUGUGUGUGUGUGUGUGUGUGUGUGUGUCUUUCCACAACUGGCCUCAACCUAGGUCUCCAGCCUCUUCAGCCUUGUCCUGCUCUGCAAUCCAGGCUCCCAGCCUCUGCCUGGAGAAAUCUUACUCAGACUUUGGGUUCAUCUUAAAAGUCCCUCCUCUGUGGGGUUUCCCCAAUCCCUCCAGCCUCUC